CUGACUGAGUGCGUAAAGAAAGGUCGAGACUGUAUCCACAGCUCCUUAUUUUGAACAGAGAUAUCAGGGAGAAACGGGGAAAAAUGGACGGCAGUGGAAUGAAGCCUCGGCGGAGCAAGAGCCGCUCGGAGGACGCAGUCUCUGGAUCCUGAAACGGCGAUCUACUUGAACCAACCUCACCGUCUGCCACACCUCGUCAUGGCAGUGCAGCCUGCCGUCUCGCUCCUACUGGCCGUGCUGGCGUGCAGCGGGCCGGCCUGGUCGUCCCCUCCGCUAUUGCUCCGCCCCCGGGAGCGAGAGAGGGACUCGGGCGGGGCUUCGGGCGGAGUCAACAUCGCCGUGGUCCACUCGGGAUCCUCCCACCUCCCGGAGACGAGUGUAGGGGUAGGGGGCGCCUCGGCGGCGGGCGCGGGCACGGCUGCGGGAACAGGGGCGGGCGCCGGCUGGUCGGGGCAGGUGGGCGAGUCCGUGAUGACGCCGUGGGGCUCGGCCAACGUCAUCUGGCUGGCCGUGAACGAGAGCAGCCCCGGGAGCCUGCUGCUGCAGCUGUGUGAACUGCUGGCCAACACGCCACUGCAGGGCCUCGUGUUCGAGCAGGAGAAGCCGCCGCCGCCCGAACGCGCCCCGCUGGCUCCCGUACUGGAGUUCGUCUCGGCACAGACCGGUGUGCCCAUCAUGGCUGUAGGGGGCGGAGCCGGCCUGGGCAGGGAGCCGCAGGAGAGCGGCUCGGUGUACCUGCAGCUCUCCUGCUCCACGGCAAUGCAGCUGGAGGUCAUCUUCGAAGUGCUGGAGGAGUUCGACUGGACCGCCUUCUCAGUGGUCACCACGCGCCACCACGGCUACGAGGAAUUCCUGGAUAUGGUGGAGGGGAUCACGGACGGCUCGUUCAUCGGCUGGGAGAGGAAGAACACGGUGAUGCUCAAUCUCACCGACGACCCGGGAGGGGUGCGGACACGCCGGAUGCUGAAGGAGAACGAGGCGCAGGUGCGACUCCUGUACUGCUCUCACGAAGAGGCCGAGCAGAUCUUCAAGGCGGCGUGGCUCUCGGGUCAGGCCACUCCGUCACACAUGUGGUUUGCCGUGGGCCCAGCUCUCUCUGGACUGGGGCUGGAAGGUCUGCCCAAGGCUCUGUUCACCGUGCGGCCUCAGGGAUGGCGAGAUGAGCCACGGCGGCGGAUUGCCAAAGGCGUGUCCGUGCUGACACACGGAGCCAUGGCGCUUAGGAGAGAGUACGGCAAUGCCAGGGGGACUGGUUUCGCUGGAAAUUGUAUGACUGACAGCAACCAGACACAAAGGGUGCCCGACAGAAUCAGGUUUUUUAGCAACAUCACUCUAUCAGGACGAGACUUCUCUUUCAAUGCUGACGGCUAUUUGGCUAAUCCACUGGUGGACGUGAUCUCCUACACAGCAGCUCGGGGUUGGGAAGAGGUGGGCUCAUGGGAGAACGGCGUGUUGCGUCUGGAGUACAGGCCCUGGUCGCGUUACGGCCCCUUUCUGAAACCGCUGGAUGACAGUCAGCAUCUGCGUGUGGUCACUCUAGAGGAGAGGCCUUUCGUCAUCGUGGAGCCGGCUGACCCCGGAACCGGCUCGUGCAUACGGGACUCGGUGCCCUGCCGACUACCACUCAACAGCAGUGUGGUGUUGGAAGGCAUACACUCCAUGAAGCACUGCUGCAAAGGGUUCUGCAUCGAUGUCCUCAAGCGACUGUCCAAAAUCGUGGGCUUUACUUAUGACCUCUAUCUGGUCACCAACGGGAGGCAUGGCAAGAACAUAGACGGAGAAUGGAAUGGCAUGGUCGGAGAGGUGGUGUCCAGAAGAGCAGACAUGGCCAUCGGCUCACUGACUAUCAACGAAGAGAGGUCGGAGGUUGUAGAAUUCUCUGUUCCCUUCGUGGAGACUGGCAUCAGCGUUAUGGUCUCUCGGAGCAACGGAACCGUCUCGCCGUCUGCCUUUCUUGAGCCCUACAGUCCUGCAGUGUGGGUGAUGAUGUUUGUCAUGUGCCUGUCCGUGGUGGCCGUGACCGUCUUCCUCUUCGAGUUCUUCAGCCCUGUCGGAUACAACCGAAGCCUUCAAAGUGGGAAGAGGACAGGAGGAUCUAAGUUCACCAUCGGGAAAUCUGUAUGGCUGCUGUGGGCUCUGGUAUUUAAUAACUCGGUUCCUGUGGAGAACCCUAGAGGAACCACAAGUAAAAUUAUGGUGCUGGUUUGGGCUUUCUUUGCUGUUAUCUUCUUAGCGAGCUACACCGCUAACCUGGCUGCCUUCAUGAUCCAGGAGGAGUACAUAGAUACCGUGUCUGGCCUCAGUGACAAGAAGUUCCAGCAACCCACUGAGCAAUACCCUCCCCUUCGCUUUGGUACCGUCCCAAACGGCAGCACGGAGGAGAAUAUCCGCAGCAACUACCCCAACAUGCAUCAGUUCAUGGUGCGAAACAACCAGAGAGGAGUUGAGGAGGCCAUUGACAACCUCAAGACUGGCAAACUGGACGCGUUUAUCUACGACGCAGCUGUGCUGAAUUAUAUGGCGCGGAAAGAUGAGGGCUGUAAAGUGAUGACCAUUGGUUCGGGCAAGGUGUUCGCCACUACGGGAUACGGCAUCGCGCUGCACAAGAACUCCCGCUGGAAACGACCGCUAGACCUGGCUCUGCUGCAGCUGGUGGGAGAUGAUCAAAUCGAUAUGCUCGAGAGACUGUGGCUCUCUGGGAUUUGCCAUAAUGAUAAGAUUGAGGUGAUGAGCUCCAAGCUGGACAUAGACAACAUGGCUGGAGUCUUCUACAUGCUUCUGGUGGCCAUGGGUCUUAGCCUUUUGGUCUUUGCUUGGGAGCACCUGGUUUACUGGAAGCUUCGCCACUGCUUGGGUCGUUCAAAAGGACUGGACUUCCUUCUGGCUUUCAGUCGGGGUAUGUAUAGCUGCUGCAGUUUUGAAGAUGAAACUGCUGCCGGAGGCAACCAAAUCACACUUCCCCAAUAUCAUCCUGUCUCAACUAUUCCACCUCCUCAUGUGACCACCACAACUGUAGCCAACCCUUCUAUCCCCAUGGUACAACAACAGCAACAGCAGAAGCAUCACCAGCAACAACCAGUGUACAAUGCCCUUCUACCCGGUUCUUCUCCAACAGCUGGGCACUCGGGCAUGGCCCUUGGGCCAUCGAACAGUCCGAUCCUUGGAGCGCCCAUUCCGUGCUCUGCAUUUUUACCUUGCCACGAUCGUCGACUAGCUGUGGUGGAUCGGUGGGCGCGGCCAAAAGCCGGACAUGAAAAAGCUAGCGGGGUCAGCAGUGGGAUCACAGAUAUCACCCAAUUCCAACAAGGCAUCCCUUAUCAGUGGGCUGCAGUAGAUGUAGAGGAAGAGACUCUGGAUGAAUACAAACAAUAUUAUGGCCCUAUUGAUCCAGAGGGACUGGGAGUUUCUUCAGAGCCACAAGGUGUCUCCCAAACUCAAAUAACCACACAUCAAACAAAGUCCUCUGGUAAACCAAGGUCGCUUCCGAAAAAACAACCUACUGGACAUUUACCCAGAAACACAGCUUUGCCUCAUCCUUCUUUAUCACAACAGUCUUUCUGGAGAAAAAACAGUCUUUCAAAAAGAAAAGGUUCUGGGGGGCCAUUGUAUGAAAAUAUCCUUCCACUGGGGCGAAGAGGAGGAGGCAGGUAUGGAGUGAGAGAUGGGGGAGGGCGUAGAGGCCAUCGUCCGCCUCCUUUGCCUAUUCCUGUACAAUUCGCCUCUCCUACACAAACUCCUUCUUUACCCUCACCUUCGGUACACUACACUUCCACUUCCUCUAGUACCUCUAGUUCAUCUUCCACCUCUUCUGCUUCGGUCUCAAGAUCCAACUCUCCUUCAUGCUCUUCUUCUUCUUACUCUUCAUCACAGAGUUUCAGAUACAGGGCUGGGACGAAAGACACAUUCGAAGAGUACGACACAGAUGAGCUUACAGAGGAGUCCAGCCUUCUUUUGGGUAGGAGAAAAAGUCAUUCACACAUGUCAUCUAGGUCUCUUCCCUGCAGUCCACCUCCACCCAUACCACCCCGCAAACCUUGCCCACAGAAGGCACAGAUGAGAGACAGAGCCAACAGCCAGCUGGCACAACUUCAGGAAUGGUGGGCCUCGUGGGGUGAAAAAGAAAGAGCUAGAAUAGCAGGUGGUGGAAGCGCCAAUGCCAAGGAAGCGAAAAGGCAUCAUAAAGAAAGGGAAAGAGAGAGAAAGAGGAGGAAGAAGGCCAGAAAGAAAAGGAAGAAAGAGGAACGUGAGAGGGAGAGAGAGCAGAAGAGACAUAAAGUGAAAAAGAAAAAGAAAAAAGAUGAGAAAUCCAGAAGGAGAGUAAAGGAAAAAAGAUCUGGGCAUGAAGAGUCUGAAAUGAGAAAAAAAGAUGUAUUUGAAAAAGGCAUGGAUCAAGAUUUGCCUCCCUACCCUGUACCCAGACGUAGCUCUUUCCAUAGAAGGAGUGAAAGCUCUAUUAGAAGUUUCGAGUGGGAAACAACUAAAGAAGUGGGACAGAGGGAGAGCUUUGAUCAAGAGGGUGAUAACGAAGUAAGAGCUAGGGGAAGAGAAGGACGCCACAGAAGCCCUAGAUCAUAUCAGCAUUCCAGGCCAAGAUCUAACAAUAAGCAUUAUUCCACGUCAAGUAAGCAGUCAACAUCAGUCAAAUUUUGGGCAAGUGGAAACCCAAAUUCUGAGUCUCCACCAUCUUUUCUUCCCCUUCUUCCUUUGAACUACAAAAGAAGAUUGUUUGGGUCUGAGAGAGAGGAACGUGGAAAAGGGGGUGAGAGUCGCCCUCUUUUGGGAAAGAAUGGGAAAGGUAAGUCCCACUCAAGAGAAGGUCUGGUAUUUCAUGAAUGGGAUUCAGAGGAGGAGGAGGAGCGAUCAGAGGAUGAGAGAGAUAGAACUGAUGAACAUAGAAGAAGAAGAAAAGAGAGCAGAGGAAUGAAUUCAGAGUCUGACAGGGAAAGAGACAAAAAUGUUGAUAUAUAUACUGAUGAUGAAGGUUCUUCGGGGGAGUUUGGUAAGUUUGAGAGAUACUGGGAAGGACAUGAAGAAAGGGCUGUUGGAGGCAUUGGCGGUGGAGGCUGGUUUUUCGGCACCUACCCUGCCAGGGAGCGAGGAGGAAGCAUCAACAGUAGGGAUGACUUCUUUUUAGGAUUAGGAGGUGGGGAUGGCAGCUGGGGUUUGGGAGGGGGAGUGGGAUGGGGGUCCGGAGGUUUGGGACCAAAUCACUGGCCUCCACCACCAUUGACUCCUCCACCCCCACGAAGGUACUGGUCUGUGGACAAAUUACCUGUGAAGACAGAAAAGAAGUCCAAAAGCAGAUCCCAAGAAAAGAGCCGAUGCCAUACUGCCUUUUCCUGCCAGUCACCCCACCACUACAAGUGGAAUCGUGUGACCUCUCGGAGUCAGGAAGACUUAUUGCCUCACUGCCAAAGUUUUAGCAACAUGACCCGGCCUAUUCGGCAGUCCUCCAAACCAGACCGGGCACAAGGCCAGGUCAAAUCUGGAAGUCAGUCCAACCUCAGUGGUCAGAGAUCACAGCAUUCAGAAAGGUCCAGAGAGCGAUCAACAUCCCCUCAGACUUUACCAACAUCUCUGCCACUCACCAUGGUCCCAGCUCUCCCUGCGCCUUCAUCGUCAUCCCACCCGGGUCAUGUUCCCCCUCCAACCUCUUCCUCAUCUGUUUCAUCUCCAUCGGUGGUUUCGUCAAAACACGGCGGCCUGCAGCCUUCAUCCAUGUCCUCUUCCAGUGCCAAACUCCAGUACCAGAGACUACGUUCAGUGCCUCAGCCACAAAGGUACCAGUCCCCACAUCCUCCAUUCAAAACCAAGAGUUUGUGCUCACGUCGGGGGUCCGCACACUUCUCCAGCGUAGAGAGCGAGGUUUGAGAUACGUCGGCAAACAAGUAGACAACGGUCUGGGGCAAGUUAGUCGCUUGCUUUGAGUAUGACUCCUUGCACAAGCAGAAAGGUGGAUCUGGGUAUCACACACAAGAAUCAAGGACU